UGUUGGUAAAUGAGAGAUGGUUUGUACCUCGGGGCCGAAGGGGGGAGCAGUACCUCUCAACGAAGAGGGAGUACGCAAAGUACAGAGUGGGGGUGUUCCAGAGGCUCUCCUCGCUCGCUCGAGCGUACCUCUUGACACUCGACCGCUUGCACUCCACGCACCGCCAACCACCGCUACACAAAGAUACACUAACUCGUGAUUUUUCAACAAAUCCAUCAGCCGAGCAUAACCGGUGCCCUUGUGCCUCCUGAGUAACUGAAGAAAAUGUCCUAGCAGGAGCCCAAUACUUGUCAUACUGGACGGUCAACCAAUUUACAUAGUGUUUUGUGCAUUUUGAGGUGUUUUUACUCGUUUUUAUAUUUUAAUUCUAAGCCUAGUCUAAGGCAAGUUCGUGUCUAGUGCGCGAUCACAUUUCUUCCCGACCAGUGAAAAAAAGCCGCCAAAAUUUUUGACAGUACUGCUAUGCUGAGUAUGGAGCUGAGUGGGCUCGGCCACGGUGGGGAUUUGCAUCCGCACUCAAUCCAAGUCCACCACACCAUAAUAAAAGAGGAGACGAAGAAAAAAGAUAGCGGACACGGGGGCCAUCAAGAAGACGGUGAGUUCGGAGGAUUGCUAUUUGAUAACAACGAUCAAGGUCAUGGUGGUGUGAACCAGCUUGGCGGUGUGUUUGUAAACGGGAGGCCUUUACCUGACGUCGUGAGGCAAAGAAUAGUCGAACUGGCCCACAACGGCGUCAGGCCAUGUGACAUCUCACGACAGCUCAGGGUAUCCCACGGCUGCGUCUCAAAAAUCCUCUCGAGGUAUUACGAGACAGGAAGCUUCAAGGCUGGGGUAAUAGGUGGAAGCAAGCCUAAAGUUGCAACUGCACCCGUUGUGGAUGCGAUUGCCAACUACAAACGUGAAAACCCGACCAUGUUCGCCUGGGAAAUCCGUGACCGGCUGCUCGCAGAAGGUAUCUGCUCCCAGGACAACGUACCCAGCGUUUCGUCGAUAAACAGGAUCGUACGGAAUAAAGCUGCGGAAAAAGCUAAGCACGCUGUACAAAACAACAAUACGUGUAGCCCUCCUUCUGGUGGUCAAGGCCCUGUAUCUGUGAUAGCACACGCUCCUGCCUCUCAACACGAUAGGUACAGCAUAAACGGAAUUCUAGGAAUACCUCAACACCACGAACACCCAGGAAAGCGGAAGAGAGACCUCGACAUCAACCCCGACGAGAACAGAGAUUUGAACGGACACGCCGAAGACGAAAUCAAGAGGCAGAGAACACAGUACAACGGCGACCAGCUUUAUUCGAAUCUUUGGUCGAGUAAAUGGAACAUGAAAGAAGAACAUAAGUUAUUCUCAGACUUAGGGAGUGGAGGUAGUGGUGGUUCUCCUUACUACGACUCCUCUUCUGGUUUUCCAGCUACAUCAACAACGACUGCAGACAUUUAUGACACAAUCAGUACAAUGAGUCAAGCUCAAACUACCCACAUAUACAAUCCUCCAAUCGUUGGAGGUGUGAAUCCCUUAACGCCAAUCAGCAUGCAAGAAAUUCAUAAAUUAGGGACGACGACCGUGUUAGACCCAUUAUCUUUAUCCCCAGUGCAAUACCAGCAUACAGACGGAUAUAAUAAUGGUACGACUGGAGGGACGGGUACGGCAGAUGUCGGGUCACCAGGACAGCCGCUUUCCUUGCCGGCAGACCCGGCACCGAGUCCAAACCCCCAAGACCCGACAGGGUUGACGGUUCUGCAAUCACCAUACACCACCACCUACUACCCUACAGGAGCGGGAGGAGGCGUGACGGAUUACACCUAUUCUUCUCCUUAUACGCAGUACACAUCGGCACCAUACACGGGAUACAACUACCCGACUGGCCCAGGAGGUCUCCUCAAUUCGUGCUAUUUCUACGGUAACAGUAACCAAAGCGCCAGCGAUUCGCCGGUAUUUUCAAGACAUGUCUGCUCCGAGGAAGCCAGAUCUCCUCUCGCAGCGACAAGGGCCAAUUCUGGCGCGAGUGCAUCUUCACCCAUUGGCACAUCUUCAUGUAUGAAAGUCGAAGCCACAAUGGCCACACAGUGAAAUUUAAAACAAAAAGUUUAUACGAACUGUCAGCAGCAUCAUCACAAAAUAAAUUGAAAAAAAAAUUGUAAUUUGAAACUGUUACUCAAAAAAAUUUUUUUUUGGAAAAGCGAAUAAAUUGCAUAUCACAUUGAACUUGUAUGAAGAAAAUGGACUUUCUGCUUAAAGAUAUAUGCAACGAAUAAAUAAAGACUCAAUAAUGUGAAAUAGACAAUGGUGUGAGAUCUCAAGUAAUAUAUCAUUGUAUUAUACAGCAGAGUGUUAUACCAAAGAAAAGGUGUAUAUUAUACUAGUGAACCGGUGUUAAGACUUAGAAAUAGAAAGUCUUUGUACCUACGUCCAAGUCAAUAAGUCAUAUUUAUAACUGGGACAAUGAAUCUAAUUAUUCAAGGUACGAUAGGCUUUUUAAAAAUAUUAAACUUGGUUCGUCGACUGUAAUGUAUUAUAUUGUACGAAAAUAAUUAUUUUAAAAGAACCAAUUUCUGUCACAUAAUUGUAAAAAUAUUUUAAUUAGUAAGAACAGUUUUACCAAAGAUAAAUUCAUAAUCUGGGUUUAUAUGUGAAUUUAUUCAGACUAGAUUGUAAAAUAUUUUUAUUAUUAAAAUGUGUGUUCAUAUCUUUAGGUUUAUAAUUUGCUUCCACAUAUAGCACGAUUCCACAGCCCCAAUGGGAAAAACGAACUUGUACAGAUUUCUAGGCUUAAAAGUAGAGCUCUAAUCCGCACAGUGCACAAAGCAUGGCACAGUUAUCUUCUAGGACACAUAGUUUAGUAUAUUUUUUACAUUUUGUUUUUGUUUUAAAAGAUAAAACUUUAAUUAAACCAUUGUAACGAAACAAUUUUAUUUUCAAAGCCAAAUUUUGUUAAAUUCAUUAUAUUUAAACAAUUUUUUUGUAACUUUAACAGGUUCACAACUUAACGAAUUAAUUUACUGGUAUUUGCGUGCAAUUCGGUGUGCGCACCGACCGUAAUAAAGCACUAGUCAUAUUCUUUUUAAAUAUUUUAAUCUUGAUCAAUCAAGACUCAUAAGAAAUUUUUGAUUUAUUUAUAAUCUAUUUUGU